AUGUCGCUAACAUCCCCCGCCUUCAAGCUCCACGAGAUGAACAUUCUCGGUGGCCAGAUCGAAGUCCUCAAAGCCGAGCUCACUCACUUGAACCUAUUCCUUGGACGCUAUAUCAGACUACUUUCCCGGGUGCACGCCGAGAGCCUGGAUGCAGUUGCCGGCGAUGCCAUCAGUCGCAGGAAUGAGGGAAUGGCUGCUCGGAUUCUGGAACUUACACAGACACUUGUGAACAAAACUCAGUUGCUCUUGUCCUUGGAUGACAGGCUAGUGGCGCUGUUGAAUGAGAAUCGAUCGGUUAAACUUCAUUAA